UCGAAGGGACAAUUCAAUAUCCACACUCCUGAAGAGCUACAAUGGCUUCCGCAUCCCAGUCUUCCAGGAUAUUUCGCCUCGAUCGAUGCAUCUCUUCUCGAUGCAAAUGUCGCUCAUGAAUUUCUGACAAACUCGUACUGGGCAGCUGGGAUCUCGUUGGAUAAAGUACAACUAGCAAUGUCAAACUCGGACUGCAUCGGGAUAUAUCACCUGCAUGAUGAGCAAAAUGGCAAGCCAAAGCAGAUUGGAUACGCCAGAUGGAUAACGGACAGAACUACCUUUGCAUAUCUUGCCGAUGUCUUUAUUCACAAAGACCAUGCUGGUCAAGGACUAGGAUCAAAUGAAGCUAAAACACAACCCUGGAACCCUAAGAAGAUGUUGCUGCUUCGUACAAGCACAGCACAGACUCUCUACGAGCGCUAUGGAGGCUUCAAAGUUAUACUUCCCGAUGAUAAAGAUGGUCCAAUAGUCUUGAGAGUAUCAAAGUAG